UGAUCACAUCCUUUGGAAAAUCAGUCCCUCAAUAAUGGACUUCCUUAAACUUGGAAGCAUCUGUCAAGUAGGAAUUCAUCAAUUCAAACAAGUAAGAGCAAGAAGAAACAGCCAAUAAUAAUACUUGAAACUUGGAAGCAAUAAAGAAAAAUCUCCAACUACUUGAAACAAAAUCUUGCCAAAAAAAAAAAUUUCUUGCAAAAAAAAUUUCCAUGGCCACACCAUAUCUCUUCCUCUUAUCAAAAACACCACCACCACCCAAAACUUUUCUCCUUCCACAUCAAAAAUCCAUAUCUACAAACAAAAUUCUACAACUGAAUUUACCAAAAAACUCAACUAUUACUUGUGCAUCUUCAUCCAAAAAUGAAGGAAAGCCACCACCACCCCAACAACCACCAGUGGCAUGUCCAGUUCCAUUUGACCAACAACCCAUAAAUGAAUAUCAAAACCUCACAAGUUCUUUCCCAUAUUCAUGGGCUUCUACAUCUGAUUUAGUCGAAUACUAUUCUCGAUUUUUCGUCUCCGGUGCUUGUUUUGUUCUCUUCAUUGGUCUUCCUGUUUCUUGGUUUGGUGUUGUAAAUCCUGAAUUACAACCUCUCAAGUGCGUUUUUAGUGCAUUAUCAAGUGGUUUAUGUGUUGCUACGAUUGCUGUUCUUCAUAUUUAUCUUGCCUGGGCUUAUGUCGGCAAUCGCCUUCUAAGUGCCACAGUUGAAUAUGAAGAAACUGGUUGGUAUGAUGGUCAGGUGAAGCCAGUAUUGAACAGAUUGAAGUUCACACUAGUAGGACUUGCAGCAUCUCUAUUAAUAUCUGUUUUUCUCCUUGUCAAUGUUGGAAGCAGUUAUAACCCAUAUCUUCCAUCUGAAGAAGCCGGGGGACGGUCAGUAGCUGGAGUUUAUAACGAUGAAUCUGAUAGAUCAUUUGAACCAGAUGCAUUCUGUGGUAAGCCUGGGGCACCAUAAUGGCACUUUAAGAAUACUUUUAGUCUUGUUGCAUUAUUGUACAGUCUGAUUAAAUCAUACAACUAAAUAUAGUGUGCAAUAGUUAGAUUUAAGAAUGCUACUAGUCGUAUAUAUGAAAAUUGAAGCUUUCAGAAUAAGUGUCGGGGAGCCUGUUAGAUGACUUACUGCGACCAUCUCAAUCUCAGUGUCUAAGGCCAAACACUACGAUUGGGGUGUUGGCUUGGCUGCAGCUUGAUAAUAGCGAAAGACAGCUAUUAUAGCCCUUCGCUUAGCUCAGAUAUAUUGAAUAAUCGCUUGACUUGGCUAGUGAGUGGAACACAUAUGUCCCUCAUUAUAGCUAUGCGAGGCCCUACGGAAACGUAUUUUGGUCAAUACCGAAACUAGUUAUUGAA